AAUAAAAUAUACAGAGUGGUGUGCAACAUACGCGUAGAGGUGUUUUCCAAGUGCAAUUUUCUAUUAUUUCCAUUUAUUGCAUUACUUUCAAAGCUAAAACAAUAAGUGAUAAAUUUUUUACGUUCAAAAGAGCCAUAACUUUUCUACUUACACGUCGUUGAAAUAAAACUGGCAACGAAAGUUGCAUUUUAAAGGAUGAAAGUAGAGACAUCUUUCAUUCGUUUCUCACGAAGAGUAUGGUGGAUUGUAAACUUGUGAUGUGUUUAAAUGGUUUGAGAUGAUGUUAAUUGUAUCAAACAACGAUUUCAAUGUGCUGUGACUAUUUUUUAUCGUAGUGAAUGUAGUUUUUCGACACGAGACUGCUUUUAAAGACUGGAGCAUAUUUUGAUCUAUCUGGUGAACCGCCAACCAUGGACAGUGGAGAUUGCGAGACUGAAGAAGAUUCAGCACCAGAGGCGUGCGUUUCUCCUGAAGGUUCUCUGUUGCCAAGCAAUAGCCGGGAGAUGAGGAACAGGGCGGAAAAGAUGCGAAGGGACAAACUGAAUUCGUACAUUGGGGAAUUGGCAACUUUGGUUCCGAUGGUCGCAAGAAGUGCCAAAAGAAUGGACAAGACGAGCAUUCUUCGACUAGCGGCCACACAUCUGCGAAUAUAUCAAACCUUGCUGAGUGGAAAGAACCAUCCGCACAUCCAGUUGCCGAAACAUGUUGAUCAAUAUUUAUUAGAACAACUGGUAUGCGAGCAGUUGGGUGGUUUUCUGCUAAUCCUGACGCCCAAUGGAAAAAUAGUGUUUGUCUCCCACACUGUGGAGCAUCUUUUGGGCCACUUACAGACUGAUUUGAUGGGUCAAUCAAUUUUUAAUAUAACGUCACCAGAUGACCACGACCGCCUGCGUAUGUACAUAAACACGGAGAGUGUUCUAGACGGAGACUGGAAAAAAUGCUUCAAUAUUCGACUGAAAAGGGCCGGCCCUAGGACUGAAUCGGCCGUUUAUGAGCCCGUCAGAAUCAUGGGCGUACAUAGACCAGGCUUCGACAAUGACUGCAACAAAAAUACAUCGACUAGCAAAGAAAUCGCAUUGAAUAACGAUGUGCUGCUCUUUUUUGUCAAAGUUUUCCGUCCGGAGCCACUUUGUGAACGACUUUUCGAAGCUUCAAGAGAGGAAUAUGUAACCAGACAUUUGAUUGACGGCCGGAUAAUUGGCUGCGAUCAGCGAAUUUCAUUCAUUGCAGGUUAUAUGACUGAGGAAGUGUCCGGAUUAUCGGCGUUCAAAUUCAUGCAUCGGGAGGAUGUUCGAUGGGUGAUGAUCGCCUUAAGACAAAUGUAUGACCGAGGGGAAAGCAAAGGAUCAUCAUGUUACCGUUUACUCUCGAGGAAUGGACAGUUUAUCUAUUUAAGGACGUUCGGUUUUCUAGAAAUAGACGACCAGGGAACUGUUGAAAGUUUUGUUUGUGUUAACACUUUAGUGAGUGAGCAAGAAGGCCUUCAAUUAAUAAACGAAAUGAAGAAGCGGUACUCUGCCUUGAUUAAUUCACAGAGUUGCCCAAUCACUUCAAGUGGCUCAACCGACUCGUCUUCCCAGUCGGUUGAAGACCCCCAACAGGUUGAAGCGGCGAUCGUGCACCUCAUAGCCAACUUGCCAUCGCCGGGCUCAGACCAGCGCUCAACCCCCAGCCCUCGAGUUUAUGGUAAUGUUAAUGAGAAUCAAGACUGCUCAACACCGACUGAAAAUUCCCCAACCAAACCAUACUACAAAUUAAAGACUGCAAACAACAAACGCCCGCCCAGUACUGAAUUAGGAACCAACAUUUAUACGUCGAGUAAACGACAGAGGACUUCGCCUCAACUCUCACCAAUGUCGAGUUUGCCGCCUUACCCGAACCGAACUCAAAUCACGGAAGUAACACAACAAACCGAACCGUCGAUAUAUCAGCAUGACCAACUACUUCGUAACAAAGUAUGAAACGCUUUGUGUACUUGGAGACUGAAAACUGGGCCAUCUGUUGGCCGAUUUAUGCCUCAAGGACUAUUUAGAAGGUGUGGUGAUGUUUAAUGAUCAUGUGUUAACCGCUAACCUGACACGUAAGGCAGAUUCAAUUUAUUUUACGAUUGAAUUAUUCCGAUUCGAAUUUGAAAUGUGCCCAAGGCACAUUUCAAAUUCGACCGUUUCGUCGAGUGAACAGACUGUACAUGUAAACGUUGUAUAGAUUUUGCAUAUUCUCGUAAUAUACCUAUAUUAAAUUAAAUAGUAAUUCUGUGAUGAAAUUAUGUUUACGUUACUUUUAAGCAGUGUCUUUUGUAUAUUUAGUACAAAUUCAAAAAUUUCUUUAUUUUAUUUUAUGUAUUACUCACGUCCCGUUUGCUGCAAGCCGUCUCACCGAUAACUGCAGUGUUGUAACAAACGGGAGCCAAUCAUCGACAACAAAAUACUUGUAUGACAUUAUGCCGCGAAGGUUUCAUGUGAAUGUAGGUAUUUCAUAUUCAUAUUUACCAUUUAUUUAUCAAGUUGAAUAUACAUAGCCGUAAUUUUUAUAUGCUGCAGUUUUAGGUUUUUAUUGUGAAAUAAACGAGUUUUGUUUUUGGAUGAAGCUUUAUUUGGUUGUAAAUAAAAGUAUUUUGUUGUUUUUUGUUAAGUGUGCCCUUUGUGGGGCGUCAAGCGAAGCACCCUCGCACAGAUUUGAACUGAUUGAAAAAA